AUUUUCCACAUAACCACAUUGACUAGUUUAGGUUCUCCUUUCCAAACAGUUUAUACUCCACAUUCAACUAAUUCAGUAACUUCAACUGCUGCAAUUUAAGUAUUCUCAUAAACACUCCCAGCAGUGACGGAAAGUAUACAACAGUUCCCUCAAACAAGAAACAAAUCAUCAUCAUCAUCAUCAUCAAUUCAUCAUUAACGAUAGAAAAUUAGAAAUGCUGCAAUGCCUCUCCUUCAACACGUUGACUCCUUCCUCACGCAACCUCACUCCACAUUCACAAGCAAACUCAACCCAAGAACAAACCCCAUCUCCAUCAUCAAGCCCAAACGUCUCGCGCGAAUUCGAUCGCGCCAUUCAAGGUCCUUCCUACAAUGAAAUCCGCGCCAUGAUCCAAACCCCUCAACCGCACCUCAUCGAAAUUCAACAACAAAACGAAGAUAACUCCCAAGAACAAGACGAAGAUUCGCACCAUCGUGAUAUUCUCACCCAAGUUCUUCAACCCGACUCCAACAGCGUCCGUGAAACCCUCGCUAACGCUAAACCCGAAAGCGCCCUUACCCACCUCGUUUCUUCCUACUUCGAUCAAAGUGAAACAACCUCCCACCUUUGCCUCACCCUCGUCCGUACCAUCCACCGUGCAAAAGAAAUGUAUAACCCUCUCUCCGAACUUCUUUCCGUUCUCCCUUCAGAUAGCUCCUCCCUCUCUCAACCGCAAUGCGACACUGCUUAUGAUCUCUUCUUCCAAUUCAACCUUCACGAAAACCCCUUCGUUUUCCCUUAUUUUCGCACUCUCCGCGACAGCUUCUCUGAUCUUAAACACCAAAUUCAACUCGACCGGAGGAAAUGUCGUCACAGAAUCCGUCUCUUCCGUAACGCCACAGUUGGAUGCGCUAUCUGUGGCCUCGCUACUGUAUCGAUAGCCGUAGUUACUGCUGUGGUUGUUGCUACACAUGCUUCUAUUGGAUUUGCGGCAAUGGCGCCGUUUUGUAUUCCUUUUCAGAAGAGAAGAAAGAGGAAGGCGUUGGCUAGGUUGAAGCAGUUGGAUGCUGCGGAGAGUGGAACGUUUGUUGUGAAUCAUGUGAACACCAUUGAUAGUCUUGUGGAUCGUCUUCAAACUGCGGUGGAAGGCGAUAAGGCUUACGUGCGGUUUGCGUUGGAUAGGGGAAGAGAUAGGCAUCCUAUACAGGAAGUGAUCAAGCAGCUUCGUAAGACACAGCCGAUUUUUGAACAGUUGCUUAAAGAUCUUGAACAACAUAUAUAUCUAUGUUUUUAUACGGUUAACAAAGCUAGAUAUGCACUCCUCAAAGAGAUAUCACAUCAUCAAACUGGGGUAGUAAGUUAGUUUUCCAAUGUAAGUUUCAGGUAUGAUUUUGAGAUUUUCUAUAGUUGACUCACAAUAGGUCUUACUAUUUUCUAGACCCUGUUAAGAUGAUAUUCGUCUAAGGGUUUCAUUGGAUAAUCACUGUUGAUUUGUGAUGCAUGCUAUUUGCUUAAGCUUGCACCUCUCAUCAACAAUUGUAAUUAUAUCAUAGGCUUCAUUUAUAAUUUGUAACAAUGUAUGAGAUGAUAUGUAUAAAUUGACAUGCUUUGAUGAUAUAAAGAAACAUUUAAGGUAUUCACCAUUUGAUUAAUUCAUGUUUGAAAUUGAAGUACCUGCUAAUAACCAUCAAGUCUUAUAUCUUGCAUUUUAUUGUAUAGGGGUCAAUAUUUUAGUAUGAUAGUGUGGCUGUGCUAUCUGGGAUAGUAUGUAAUCAUAGUUAUGUAUCAUGAAUUCUUGAUGCAUUGAAUUGUGUUAUGUUAAAUUGCACUUUUAUCAUUUAAUGGAUCUGUCUGGAAUGGUAAGGACGGAGUUUGUUUGGGAUUUAUAACUUUUCCGAGUAGUGUUUGGUAUAUACGGAGUCUGUUUUUCUGUUUCUUUAAUUCCAUCUUCUCAUUGUUUAUUCUUCUUUGCUGUUCUGUUUUAUUGUUGUUAAUGCAUUUUUUUAGCAACAGUAUAAUAACUUGGCAAUGGUAGAAAGAAUGAUCAUGGGAGCAAGGAAAUGUUUCAUUUUUUGCUUACUUCAUUUUUAUGUUCUAUUGCUGUUCUAACGUCUCUGGCAAGAGGAAGAAAAGCUCCACACUUGCUACCUAUUUGAAUCCCCCAUUCCUGAGAAAAUGAAAUUUCAGAAGAAAAAAAUAGAAUGCUUCCCAGCUCUUAAACUAUGCCCUUGUACCUAGGUUUUUGACAGGUUUGGAUACUAUUGGGUUUAAUUUUGUGAAAGUGAACCUGUGCUAGUAAAACUGUUAUUUACUUGUCUCUAUCGCUCGGGUACCCAACACUUGCUUCAAUCGGCUCGCAACCCCAAUUUCUGAUUUUGAUUUUGCAGGUUUCAUUAGGGUAAUCUUCCUCCUUACGAAAUGACCGUUCUCACCAAAUCCGCAUAACCUUCGAGAUUUUUUUUUUGUUGUGUUUUACCAAGUUUUAUUAGUUUAGUUUUAGGCAUCAUUGUGAUGUUUUACCAAAUUUUAGGCAUCUGAAUCCAUGUUGGAAGGUGGGGAAAGGAAAGUUUCUCCCAUAUUUAGGAUGGGAGCUGUGAUGUUUCACUUCUUUUGGAAGGAUGAGAUUUUCAUGGUGCAAAUGGUUUGUGAGUGAGUAGCGUGGGACUGUUCAGAGUGGUUGGCUGGUGAUGGGGCACAUGAACUAACUGCACCAAAAAUCAUAUAGUAAAUUCUUUUUUCACCCCCUCAAUUCCCUCAAAUUUUUAAAAAUAUUUUUCAAACAUUUAAAUUUGAAACAUGUUUUUUAAUAUAACUCACGAACCCAAUCUCUUCCCCUACACUUUUUGUCCUACUAGUUUAGAGUCUCACAUUACAAGAAAAUGUAAUUUACGUUCUUGACUUUUUCAUUUGCCAUAUUUUUUUUUUCUUACUUUAUUAACAAGUUUUACAUAGGAAGUAUUUUUUUUACAUAAUUUUUUCUAUGUGAAUUGAGUUUCAGAAUUCACUAGGAUCAAGACAAAUCUCAAGAUUCAAAUAACAUUUACGGA